UUUGGUUUAGUUCAGUUGCCUUGCCUUGCUUGCUUGUUUCUGUGGAUUGAAUAGAACGUUGUAGACGUCGUAUUAUUGUUGUAUAUUUGAUUUUGAGAAAUCGGACUGAAUAUUAAAGUUUAAUUGAAGAUAAACUUCUUACAAUGAAUAUUACGUCAGCAGCUGGGAUAAUAUCCCUAUUAGAGGAGCCGAUGCCUGAACUAAAGGUGUUUGCGUUGAAGAAGCUGGAUUUGAUUGUAGAUGAAUUCUGGCCAGAAAUUUCUGAAGCCAUCCAAAAAAUUGAAAUCUUGCAUGAGGACAAAAACUUCAACAUGCAUGAGUUGGCAGCAUUGGUCGCCAGCAAGGUGUACUACCACCUUGGCUCCUUCAGUGACUCACUUCAGUAUGCUCUUGGAGCUGGCAAUUUAUUUGAUGUGAACGCUCGAUCAGAAUAUGUUGAUACCAUUAUUGCUAAAUGCAUAGACCACUACACCGAGCUGAGUAGUGCCAACAUGGACUCUCCUGUUGAAGCACGUCGGGAAAUAGACCCUCGCCUCGAGUCUAUUGUCAACAGAAUGUUCCAACGUUGUCUUGAUGAUGGACAGUACAAGCAAGCUUUAGGCCUUGCUCUGGAGACUAGACGUAUGGACAUAUUUGAGAAAUCUAUCUUGGAGUCUGAUGACGUCAGUGGGAUGCUGUCGUAUGCCUUUCAAGUGGCAAUGUCGUCUCUGGAGAGCAGAGGUUUUCGCAAUAAGGUUUUGCGCUCUCUGGUCUCUCUCUACCGAGACCUGACUACCCCUGACUACGUUAACAUGUGCCAGUGCUUGAUAUUCUUGGACGAUCCUCAGUCUGUUGCCCAGGUCCUUGAGAAACUCAGCAAGGAAUCAGAGGACAGUACUCUGAUGGCAUAUCAGAUCGCUUUCGACAUGUACGAGUCGGCUACACAACAGUUCUUGGGCCAAGUGCUGCAGGCAUUGCGAGUGUCUGCUCCCAUUCCACAGGCAGCACAUGUUGUAGUCAAAGUGCCAGUGGAGAACCCUGCCUCGUCUCCCUCACCUGUCGCAGUAGCAGACAAUGCUGUUACUGAUGAGCCAGCCCGUGACAUGGAAAGCCUGACCGAAGAAGAGAAGGUAUUUCAGUCACGGAUUCAGAAUUUGAGUAAAAUUCUGAGUGGAGAAGUGUCAAUCGAUCUGCACUUGCAGUUCCUCAUCAGGAGCAACCAUACUGACAUGUUGAUUCUCAAGAACACCAAGGAUGCGAUUCGGGUGUCCAUCUGCCAUACUGCAACUGUUAUAGCCAACGCCUUCAUGCACAGUGGAACCACCUCUGACCAGUUUCUCAGAGAUAACUUGGAAUGGCUAGCUAGAGCUACCAACUGGGCCAAACUGACGGCCACAGCGUCACUGGGAGUGAUCCAUCGUGGACACGAGCAGGAAGCACUGGCUCUCAUGCAGAGCUACUUGCCCAAGGAAGCAGGGCCUAGCUCCGGCUUCUCAGAAGGUGGGGGCCUAUAUGCCCUGGGACUGAUACAUGCCAACCACGGGGCUGUUAUCACAGAAUACUUGCUGGGACAACUCAAGGAUGCUCAGAAUGAGAUGGUGAGACACGGGGGCUGUCUGGGUCUGGGGCUGGCGGCCAUGGGCACACACAGACAGGACGUGUACGAGCAGCUCAAGUUUAACCUGUACCAAGACGAUGCGGUGACAGGAGAGGCUGCUGGUAUUGCUAUGGGAAUGGUGAUGUUGGGCUCCAAGGCUACACAAGCCAUUGAGGACAUGGUUGCGUAUGCUCAAGAGACCCAACACGAGAAGAUACUGAGAGGUCUGGCAGUGGGCAUCGCACUGACUAUGUAUGGACGGCUGGAGGAGGCUGACCCUCUCAUCACUUCUUUAAUGCAAGAUAAGGAUCCCAUCCUGCGACGCUCUGGGAUGUACACAUUGGCAAUGGCGUAUUGCGGCACCGGCAGCAACCAGGCCAUUCGCAAACUGCUACAUGUUGCGGUGUCUGAUGUGAACGAUGACGUGAGGAGAGCGGCUGUCACAGGAUUAGGCUUCCUGCUGUUCAGGACUCCCGAGCAAUGUCCGAGUGUUGUGUCACUGUUGGCCGAGAGCUACAAUCCUCAUGUGCGCUACGGUGCAGCCAUGGCUCUGGGCAUCGCUUGCGCUGGUACUGGGCUCAAGGAAGCCAUUGCUCUGCUGGACCCAAUGACAAAUGACCCUGUGAACUUUGUGCGACAAGGAGCGUUGAUAGCAUCGGCCAUGAUCCUCAUCCAACAUACUGAGCAGACCUGCCCUAAGGUGAAAGAUUUCCGUGCUCUGUAUGCCAAAGUUAUUGUCGACAAGCAUGAAGAUGUUAUGGCUAAAUUUGGAGCUAUUCUGGCACAAGGCAUUAUUGAUGCUGGUGGUCGUAAUGUAACCCUAACUCUACAGUCCCGUACUGGACAUACCAACAUGCUGGCAGUGGUGGGAGUGUUGGUGGCCACUCAGUAUUGGUAUUGGUUCCCCUUGGCUCAUUGUCUAGCCUUGGCCUUUACCCCCACAUGCCUCAUCGCUCUAAACUCUCAGCUAAAGAUGCCUAAGCUGGAGGUCCGUAGUAAUGCCCGCCCAUCGCUGUAUGCCUAUCCACCACCACUAGAGGAGAAGAGGCGAGAGGAGCGAGAGAAAGUCACGACUGCAGUGCUCAGUAUUGCUGCCAGGGCCCGUCGCCGUGGUGUCUCCAAGGUCACAGAUUCCAACGAGAAGAUGGAAGUGGAUGAAGUUAAGGAAGACGAAAAGGAUAAGGAGAAGAAAGAAAAGGAAGAAAAGGAAAAGAAAGAAGAAAAGAAACCAGAACCUCCAUUUGAAAUUCUCCAGAACCCAGCACGUGUAAUGAAAUCUCAACUGAAGGUGAUAUCUCUGGUGGAAGGGAGUGCCUACCAGCCCCUCAAGGACAUCACUAUUGGAGGAAUCGUGAUGGUGCGUCAUACCAAGGGUGGUUCUGAGGAGCAGCUUGUAGAACCUGUCGCAGCUUUCGGACCCAAGCCUGAUGAGGAGAAGGAGCCCGAACCCCCAGAGCCCUUUGAAUACACCGAAGACUGAGCAUCUGGCCCCAUGAUACUGAUAAAUUAUGUUGCAUCUACACUUACCUAGUUCUUGCUGGUUUAUGUGUACCCUUUAUUAAAUUUGAUGUUGUGAAUUACUUUAAGUUAUCAUCAUAAUUAAAGCUUUAGAAUCCUGUCA